CCCCUCAUGAAAAUGUUAUGGUGGUGAAUUUGGGUAGGAGAGAGAGAGAGAGAGAGAGAGAGAUGUUUCGCCGGAGGUUCUUUUCCCUGCUCGGCUCAAUAGAAGAGGGCUCCUGUUUUGACUGCUAUGGCUUAAAAGAGCUCACCGGUCCCCGGCAGGGCUCUGCAGAUAAGUAAAAGCAUCAGAAACGGAGCAGGUGAAUCCUCUGCCCUGGCUUGCAGUCUCUUUCUACAAAAAUCGGUGCUAAUUAGGGUUUGCGGAAGGCGUCCUUCCCUCUCCGUAGUUAUAUAUGAAUAUACAAUUACAUCGCAGCGUUCCCAGGUUGGAGAAUAAAGGUAUUGUCUUCCGGUUAUUCAUACUCUGAAUCUGUCUUCUCAACACUCUUGUUGGCUGGGCUAAGACUAUGGCUCCUAAAGAUAUAAUGACUAAUUCACAUGCCAAGUCCAUUCUUAAUGCGAUGAACUCUUUGCGAAAGAGUAACACACUAUGUGAUGUGACCCUGCGUGUGGAACAAAAAGACUUUCCAGCUCAUCGUAUUGUAUUAGCUGCUUGCAGUGACUACUUCUGUGCUAUGUUCACAAGUGAGCUUUCAGAGAAAGAUAAACCCUAUGUGGAUAUCCAAGGGCUAACAGCCUCAACUAUGGAAAUACUGCUGGAUUUUGUAUAUACAGAGACUGUCCAUGUGACGGUAGAAAAUGUUCAGGAGUUACUCCCUGCAGCCUGUCUACUUCAGCUGAAAGGAGUAAAGCAGGCUUGCUGUGAAUUUCUGGAAAGCCAGUUGGAUCCUUCUAAUUGUUUGGGUAUUCGUGAUUUUGCUGAAACGCAUAAUUGUGUUGAUUUAAUGCUGGCAGCAGAGGUUUUUAGUCAGAAGCAUUUUCCAGAUGUAGUACAACAUGAAGAGUUUAUCCUCCUCAGUCAAGAAGAAGUGGAAAAACUCAUAAAGUGCGAUGAAAUUCAGGUUGCUUCUGAAGAGCCUGUCUUUGAAGCAGUUAUUAAUUGGGUGAAGCACUCAAAAAAGGAACGGGAAGCCUCUUUACCAGAGCUUUUGCAAUACGUGCGCAUGCCACUUCUAACCCCACGCUAUAUCACCGAUGUCAUAGAUACUGAGCCUUUUAUCCGAUGUAGUUUACAGUGCAGAGACCUUGUAGAUGAAGCUAAAAAGUUUCAUUUAAGACCUGAACUCCGGAGCCAAAUGCAGGGCCCCAGAACCCGAGCACGUCUAGGUGCCAAUGAAGUUCUCUUAGUGAUUGGGGGGUUUGGAAGUCAACAGUCUCCCAUUGAUGUGGUGGAGAAAUAUGACCCCAAAACACAAGAAUGGAGCUUCCUACCAAGCAUCAGCCGCAAAAGACGCUAUGUUGCUACAGUUUCCUUGCAUGACCGGAUAUAUGUAAUAGGUGGCUAUGAUGGUCGUUCACGUCUGAGUUCUGUGGAAUGCUUAGAUUAUACAUCUGAUGAAGAUAGCAUUUGGUAUUCUGUGGCGCCAAUGAAUGUUCGACGGGGUCUAGCAGGGGCCACAUCUCUAGGAGAUAUGAUCUAUGUUUCUGGAGGUUUUGAUGGAAGCAGACGCCAUACCAGUAUGGAAAGAUAUGAUCCAAAUAUUGAUCAGUGGAGUAUGUUGGGAGAUAUGCAGACAGCUCGUGAAGGUGCAGGAUUGGUUGUGGCGAAUAAUAUUAUCUACUGCCUUGGUAUGUAAACCCCCUCCUAUUUGGAUGUCCUAGUAUUAAAAGUGUUCAUCAAACAUCAAGCAUUAAACAAAAUCUACCAUCCACAGAUUUUAUGUUAUAUAUAUAUAUAUAUUGUAUAUAUUUCAAGUAUGAAAAUAUUUUUACCUGGAAUACCUUUAGUACAAGAUUCCAGUAUCUCAAAAUUGUAACUGUAAAUGGAGUACUACUAGAUAGAGCUUAAGAAUUGUCAGAUUGCAUCAAUUCUUUAAUAUUUGUGCAUUUAAGAGAUACGGUGGUACCUUGGUACUCAUUGUUAAUUGGUUCCAGGACAAAAAUACCGAGACAAAUUUUUCACAUCAAAAUGUUUUGAAUACCAAAUAUGAUGAGUUUAAAGCAGUUGAGUACUAAGGCACUCUGUAUAAGAAAAAACUGCUCUAAACUAUUGUAUAGUUAAAAAUUUAUCACCAUUGUAACAUAAUUUCAUCUAGAAAAAAGAGAUGUUCUAAGAAGUUUAUUGUAACAAACUAAAGUCUAGUUGAAUUGGGUUUUAUGAAAUUAAAAUGAUUCUCCAUCUUUUUGGAACACUAAAGCUAAUAUAUUCUG